ACAAAUAUUCAGAUUGUUAUAAAAUUAAAAUAAUCAAAAUCCAAACAUUAUAGUAGUAGUAGUUUUUUCCCAGAUUAUCUUUUCACAAGGAAAAAUCACCUACUGUCAAAGAUAAAAUACAGUUGUAUUAUGUUCAAUUAUAGGAAAUACUAUGUUUAAAGGAUGAAUAGAGAAGAUGGGGAUGGAGUAAGGUGUUCGCAGGUCUAGUCUGGAGAUGCACUGCUUUUCUUCCUCGCCAUUAAAGUUAGACAAAAGAAACCUUUUCUACUCCAAGAAUCAAACCCAGCUAAUCCACCUCCUCUUUAUUCUGAUUCCUCUACAUUCAACAAGGAUAUAUACUCAAAGCCUACACAGUUCCGACAUCCAUUCAUUCCCAAGAAACAGCCAUGGCCAAGAACAUGGAUUUCCUUGUAUGUCUGCUAAUCAUGGCUCUGGACAUCAUAGCCGGGGUUCUUGGCAUACAGGGCGAGGUUGCUCUGAACAAGGUUCAAAACCUGAGGGUAUGGAUAUUCGAGUGCCGGGAUCCCAGCUACGAGGCUUUCAAACUUGGGCUGGCUGCGGUGGUGAUGCUGUGCCUGGCACACAUUGUAGCCAAUCUGCUGGCGGGAUGCGUCUUCAUCAGCUCCAAAGAAGAACUCGACAGGGCUUCACCUAAUAAGCAACUCGCUGCUGCCUCCCUCAUGAUGUCAUGGAUUAUGUUGGGGAUUGCAUUCAUCCUGCUGAUAUCGGGAGUGUUGUCAAACUCGAAAACAAGAAAGAACUGUGGGAUGAGCCAUCAGCAGCAGCUGUCGAUUGGAGGGAUCCUGUGUUUCAUUCAUGGACUGUUUGCGGUUGCCUAUUAUGUAUCUGCAGCUGCUGUUCUUAGAGAUGAACGGAAUCCGCAUCAACAACACAACCACGCCCACCAACCCAAACCAGAUCAGCAACCACUUCCUGCCUGAUUUUUCACAUCUUCCACAUUCCUUUCUUGGCCUUGAUGUUUACCAAUAGUUCAAUUGAUUUUCAACCAACUAGUAAUCUUUACAUAUGAUUCUUUCUUUUCAUUCUGGAGAAUGACAUUCUGACCUUACAUAUCUAGUAUAGUAUUUAUAUGCAGCUCAGAUCAUUAAUAUGCUAUGCUUUUCUGCACAUCAAGACCAAAAAGUUUAGCUGCCCAAAAGAUAUAACUGAAAUGAUUACAUACAUAUGAACAAAACACGAUGAACAAUCAAAAUAUUUUAAUGAACUAAUCAAUUCCAAGAACCUGCCUUUCACCAAAUCAUCUUCCAAAUUUGGUCCCAACCAUGCUAUGGCCUAUGGUAACUCAUCAGGCCACAUGCAUCAAAAAAUGAUCAAACUAUGUUCCAAGGCUGUGAAAGAUUACUAUAUCCCAUAGUCAAAAUCCCUAACUAGAAGGCAGCACUUGAAGAAAAGAUGAUAGAAAGGAAGAGAACAAGAAAGUUCCCCAAAUCAAGACAACAUAAUAAGCCAGAUGAGUAAACACACAGUUAAACAAAAGAAAUAACUACUCAUUCAGAGUGAAAAUAAGGAAGUAUAUAUUUCCAGUGAAACUAUGAACUUUCUACAAGACCAACUAGCCAAACUGCCAUUGGCUAAUCGAUAGAUACUGAAUGAGUCAUUAAACAAUGGAGUUCGAUAGCAAAACAUAUCUAGAAGCCAACUAACAAAGAUUAAUCAGUUGUCAUAAACACAAUAUAACGGAAAAUCCUUACAAUUUAUAAGAACAAUUCAGAAGAAAAAAAUUAACCAUCCUGCACCUCAGGU